AUGUCUCCCGCAAACACAGCGCUCCCUCACCUCCGGACAACGGACGGCGGAAAGGAACUUGUGGUUCACGGACGGCCCUUCCUUAUCCUUGGCGGCGAGCUACAGAACUCUUCUUUUACGUCGGCCGAGUACAUGGAGACAGCCUGGCAAAAUCUAGUUGACACCCACUAUAAUACUGUCCUUGGCUGCGUUACCUGGGAAUCAAUUGAGCCGAUCGAAGGUCAAUUCUCAUUCAAAGAGCUGGACAAAGCCAUCCUUGGAGCCCGAAAGCAUGGGCUUCACCUUGUCUUGUUGUGGUUCGGCUCAUUCAAGAAUGGUAUUUCGACCUAUGUCCCUGCAUGGGUCAAAACAGAUCCCAAGCGUUUCCCCCGUGCAAAAUUGAGAAAGGCCCGGGGGGUCCUUAGAACCGGCGACGUGCUUUCGAUCUUCCACGACCAGGGUCCAAAAUGCGAUGCUAGAGCGUUUUCCCAAUUGAUGCGCCAUUUGAAGGAGUUUGAUGAGGAGCAUUCCACGGUAAUCAUGGUGCAGGUGGAAAACGAGACCGGGCUUCUGGGCGAUUCACGAGACGCCAGCGCAGAAGCCGAGAAACGCUUCUCCCAGACUGUACCGCAGGAACUGAUUUCGUUUUUGGCGGACGACUGGAAUGAUCUCCACGUUGAUUUACGAGACAACCUAGCCCACUUCAAGGCACAGUCCCAGCAAAAAGGCUCGUGGGCUGAGGUCUUUGGCAAAGGGCCACGAACUGAUGAGCUUUUCAUGGCCUAUCACUACGCUCAUUACCUCAAUCAAGUGACCUCGGCAGGCAAGGCAGAAUAUUCGAUCCCCCUUUAUACAAACGUAUGGCAGAACUACGUCGGCGAAGAUGGUGAUAAUGACUUCCCCAUCAUCGCUGGCGGCGGUGGGCUGCCAGGGGACUACCCAUCAGGCGGAGGAACCACCACCGUACUAGACGUCUGGCAAAAGUUCGCCCCAUCAUUGGACUUCAUCGCGCCAGAUGUUUACCUAAAUGAAUACUCUGCCUCUUGUGCUAAGUACCGCCACCGCAACCAACCCUUGUUCAUCCCUGAGCAACGCCGUGACGACUACGGUGCGCGGCGUAUAUGGGCUGCAUACGGCUCCUACCAAGCCAUCGGCGUUUCUCCCUUCGGAAUCGAUACCCAGGAAGCAGCUACAAACCCCUUUACUCGUCACUACGCACUCCUCGACUCCGUCUCCCAACUCGUCCUCGCCGCCCACCGCAAGCCCGGCUCCUCAGUCGGUUUCUACUUCGACGACCUCUCCGCAGACGGCACCGACCCAUCCAAACCCAUCGUUAAACACUUCUCUGGCUAUGAAAUAACAAUCGAACGCUGCUUUGUCUUCGGAAAACCAGGCCCCGGCUCAGGAAUGGUCAUCCACCUUGGCGGCGCCAAAUUCCUGCUAAUCGGAUGGGGCUUCCAAGCGCGCGCCAAGUCCCUCUCUCCAACAUCUGCAUUCACAGGGAUCUUACGAUUUGAAGAGAAACUUGUCAGCGAUAAGGAGACAGGCGAGCUAAGAACACUGCGUGUACUGAAUGGCGAUGAAACACGCAGCGGGAUCUAUGCGAUGAUGCCCAGCGAGGAUCCGGAUUACGGUGGCUUCCCGAUCUGUGUUACCAUUCCGGCGAGGACUAUGAUUGCUGAGGUGGAAUUCUAUUCUUUGGAUGAGGCGGAUGUCUAG